AUGCAAGGAGAGUCAUUUGGUUUGAUCGUUGGGGUCUCACUUGGCGUGGUGAUUGGCGUGGUGUUAGCUGUUUCGGCAUUGUUCUGCUUUAGGUACCAUAGGAAGAGGUCUCAGAUUGUGAGCAGUGGCUCAAGAAGAAGCGCAACGCUUCCCAUCAGGGAGAAUGGAGCUGACUCUUGCAAUAUAAUGUCCGAUUCCACGCUUGGUCCUGAUUCUCCUGUCAAAUCCUCAAGCAAUGGGAGGUCUCUUUGGCUUGAAGGGUUUAGCAAGAAGAGUAAUGUCAUCUCUGCCUCUGGCAUUUUGGAAUAUUCUUACAGGGAUUUGCAGAAGGCAACGUGUAAUUUCACGACGUUGAUAGGCCAAGGAGCAUUUGGACCUGUAUACAAAGCUCAAAUGUCCACUGGUGAGAUUGUUGCUGUGAAAGUGCUUGCCACUGAUUCUAAACAGGGCGAGAAAGAGUUUCAGACAGAGGUUAUGUUGUUGGGAAGGUUGCAUCACCGUAACCUAGUGAACUUGGUAGGCUAUUGUGCAGAGAAAAGCCAACACAUGCUUAUAUAUGUCUACAUGAGUAAAGGAAGCUUAGCUUCUCACUUGUACAACGAAAAAUAUGAACCGUUGAGCUGGGAUUUGAGAGUAUACAUUGCUUUAGACGUGGCACGCGGUCUAGAGUAUCUUCAUGAUGGGGCUGUUCCUCCUGUAAUCCACAGAGAUAUCAAGUCCUCCAACAUUCUGUUGGAUCAAUCCAUGAGAGCUCGGGUUGCUGAUUUUGGCUUGUCUAGAGAAGAAAUGGUAGACAAACAUGCUGCUAACGUCAGAGGAACGUUUGGUUAUCUGGAUCCAGAGUAUAUCUCCACAAGAACAUUCACCAAGAAAAGCGAUGUUUAUGGGUUUGGGGUUUUGCUUUUCGAGCUUAUAGCUGGAAGAAAUCCUCAACAAGGUCUAAUGGAAUAUGUUGAGCUGGCAGCGAUGAAUGCAGAGGAAAAAGUUGGGUGGGAAGAGAUAGUGGAUUCGAGAUUAGAUGGGAGAUUUGAUCUACAAGAAGUGAAUGAAGUCGCGGCGUUGGCUUACAAAUGUAUCUCUCGAGCACCGAGGAAACGUCCCAACAUGAGGGAUAUUGUGCAGGUGUUGACACGUGUCGUUAAAGUGAGACAUAUCAGAAAACGUCAGAAGAAUUCUCCGUCGCCUUCUCCGCCACCACUUCCGGCUGUGGAGUUAAGUGGUGAGCAAACCGGGAACAGAUCUUUUCGGUCGGAGCAUCAUAGAAGAGAUAAUUCCAUGGACAGUACACUUGAAGAAUGA